UGUCUCCAGGGGCCAGCACUCCUUCAGAGGGGGAUGCCUCCAACCAGCAGACUUGUGCCUCCUUCUCUCCCAGUGAAAAGAAGAGUUUUUUCAAGAAAAAUAUUGAGGAUGGCAUGGACAAGGUCUUGGAAGAGGUAAAUUUUGAGAAGAAGUUUGGAGCACUGCCAGAGUUCAAUCCUGAUGAGGUGCAGUCUCCUGGCCUUAAUGCAUCUGUCCCUUCUUCUCCACGCACAUUUAUCAGCUCAUACAGGAAGAAAAGAAAGCAUUCCACUGGUGGUGAGGAAUCAGAGGCUGAGACUCCACUGAGUGUGACACCACACAUGACGCCCUCCCGCACUCCCUCCUCCACCUUGCAGGGCUCAAAGUUCUUCCCUCCAGACUUCAACCCAGAAAGCUUUAAGGUUGGAGAUGUCAGAGCAGAGAAGGCCGAUGUGGAUUCCCCAGCUGGAGGACGAUCUCCAAGGACGCCAAAGACUCCCAGAGACUCAGACAAAAGCCAUUCCUCUCUCAGACACAUUCUGGAGCAGCGGCGUACAUUGGUCAUGCAGCUCUUCACUGAAUAUGGCUGGUUUCCACCUGCUCAAGCAGUGGCAACCUUCCAGUCAAAAUAUUCAGAUAUUUUCCCCAACAAGAACUGCUUGAUCCUUAAGAUACGAGAAGUGCGUCAGAAAGUCCACCAGAACACUCCCAACACCCCAGGUGGUAUCCCCAGCAGUCCUAAUCCUUCAGCAGCAGCAGCAGCAGCAGUGGCAGCCUCUCAUGGGUCAUCAGCUCCUCCCCCUCCUCAGCUCACUCACAACAACCACCACAGUGCACGAGCCUCCCUUUCUGUCAGUGUGCCAACUUCCAGCCAAGCCUCCACUUCACUUCCUGUCACUACAUAAUGACAGACCAACCUAGAAAUCUAUUGUUAAUGCCUUUUUAGGAUUGUCACCUGAAAUGGAUUUUAUGUACACCAGCAUUGCUCUGUAUAAUACAGGUACCGUAAUAAUGUUAAGAUGCAAAUGAAUUUAAAUGUGAUUUCAGUGCAGCUUUAUUUACUGGUUUCUUGGCAAGUCCUGAGUUGACUUCACAGUGUCAACCAUGCUGGAUGUCAGGGCUGUUCCAUAAAUAUUCUGACACCUCAGGGGACCAGUGCAUUGUUUUUAAAUUGAAGGUGGAAUGUUCAGAAAUAAUACAGCACUUGCCUGAGGACAAGUAACAGAAAAGAAAAUGUUUCUGAGAUUUUGUAUUGUGGUGUAAAUUAACUUAUAAUUAGAUUUUAUUGUGUCAUCAUCAUUCUGAAAGAACUAUUCAGAGUUUUCAUGGAGGAGCUUUCCUAGUUGUAAAUAUGAGCCUUAGUCAGAGUGUCCAGUGUUGUAGACCCAAGUGCUCACCAAUGCUGCUCGUGCACUUUUGCUCAAUUAUUUGCCUGUAGAAGAGUAGAGCAAAAAGCCUAGUUUGAAACCUGACUGAAGCUCCACAUCUUGUGUUUUGUACAAGAGAUGGCAAUCUAGAGACACUGUGUUGGUCUGCUCUGUAGCCUUAUUCAAGAAGUGCAUUCAAGACUAGGAUUUAUACUUGGUUGUAUGGCAAUCCUAAGUGUUUAAUAAUUAAUGUUUGACAUUUGGGAAAUCCUUAUGAAAGUGCUUUCUUGCAUAUACAUAUGUCAUUGAAAGGAAAAUGUGCAAAAUGUCUUUAUGCUUAUAAUUGUGAAAAGGAGAUGUACAAGAUGCUGAUGUAUUUUGUACUGUAUGGGUUACGAUGCAAUGAAACCUGAUUGCUAAAGCUGUAUCUACCUUGAAGUAAAAUGCUGCAAGCUGUUGCUCUUCUGUUACAGUUGACACAGAAUUGUAAGAUGGUUCAUAUGGCAUAAUUACAUUGGCUUUAGGUGUACAUUCCUAAAUGAAACAUAGUUAGCCAAAGCUCCCACCACCCUUGACAAUGGGUCAGCAAAUCUUGUCCUAUGAAGGUCCCAUUGUAAACACUUCUCUAUUCUGUUUAUGUAAUUUGUUUAUCAAAUUUUGUGGAAACAUUUUAUUUUAUUUAAAUUUUUAUUACUGUUGCCUGUGAGAUACUGAAGAGCAGCCACUUCUGUCAACAAGGUUUUCAGAAUGGUUGCUAUGAAAUGUUUAAAAAUGUUAGAAGUCCCAUGCUGCUGAACCCAGUUUUGCAGUUCAAGAAAUUGUAUUUCUUAGUAACAGUUUUGCUAUUUUUCCAAAACUGAGACUUGCCUUAUUUUUGGUAUACUGCUAUUUCAAAGUCUUAUACAGCCUGUUGUAUCUAGGUAUUAUUACUCAUUUGCCAACCACUGAAGAAAUGAAAAAUAAUGGUGCUUCUGUCAUACAGUUUCUGUUAACCUUUAAGAUAUUCUUUUAUUUUUUAUGAAAUAUAUCUGAUUUUCAAACUCUAAACUUAUGAACUAAGUUGUGGGCUCAAGCAUUAACAGGUUGUGGACUGAACAUAUAGUUGAAUGUUAUGAUAUAGAAAAAGAAUAAUGAAUAAGCUGCAUUCAUAUAUUGGUCUAUUAGGUGAUAAAUAUGACAAAUGAACUGAAUGAACCUUUACAGAAGGAAGUUUCUUAUAUUUACAGCUAAAAUUUUGCAUAUGUGUGAUGGAAGUGGAGUAUUACCUGCUGAGUAUUUUUCAAUUACCCUGAUCUCAAGUGCAUUACAUUACAGGUUUCACAGGAAAUGUUUUUCCCCAAGUAUGGAGGUUUCAAGAAAAGUGCAAUUUGGCACCAGAAAUCUUCAAUAUUUUCACAGGAUAGGGCAAGCUCAACAAAAGCAUUACCUGGUAUACACUUCAGAGUACAAUGGAAGCAGCAAUAUAUAUACAGGAAUUGUUGAGGCUUUGGGGUCUGAUAGCUUUACUCUUUAUGUAUUAUAAUUAUAAUUUGGCUGUAAAAAAUAUGAUGGAAGAUUGUAGUAUAGUGCAAUAUUACAAACUUCUGUGAAACACAAACGUGAUGGGACCAGCUGUCAUGAGCUUCAGUGUGUGUGUUACUUGAGGUGUGUGGUGUCCCAACACUGCGGCCCUCGUUCAGUGUAUAGCUGAUGCUUCACCUUAGACGGUCAAGUCACGGAACAUGGAUGAACAAUGUGAAUAGUGUACAGUGAAUCUCAUUUAGUUAGUGAGUAAAAACCUGUACAGUGGGGUGAUUCAUGUUAUUUUCUGGCAGUGGUUGUUUACAAGUCUUCAGAGAUGAAGCUUCAAGGAUUGCAAUCCAAAUUCUUAUGAGGUCAGUUACUGAUGUGUUCACUGUUGUGCAUUUCACUUUUUGAUGUGGACAACCAGCAUUAUUUUUUUUCAUAAUUAUUCAUUCCACAUUUUGAUUACAUAUCUGAUAGGCUUUUUUGGAAAAAAAGAAGGCAUGCAAGUGUAAGAAUUUGGAACAAGUACUGUAUGCAGAAGCUCUGAAGUGUCAACACAUGAAUUUCAAAUUAUGUAUUCAUUUAAGAAGCUUUUCUGUCUGAUUUCUUAGCUGUGAUAUUUUCCUAAUUUUUAUGCUGUAAGAGACCAUAGACUGAGUUAAGGAGAGAGGUCAGUAUUGGAAGAGAGCCCUUGAGGCUAGAAAAGUCAGCCAAGGUUAGUCUAUAAGUGGAGGUAGCAUGCCCAGUCCUUGCCAGCACUGGUCAGCUUAAAGAUUAAGGGCUCCAGGCAAUGUCUUUUUUCCUUAAUAAAAUAGUUUUCUACUCAA